CUCAUGCGGCGCUGGGAGUAGGAGAGGGAGCAGCGCUCCUGUUGCUCUUUGUUGUCGGUCGACCCUUGCUUCCUCCUCGUCCGACUUCCUCCUAUAUCUCCUCCUCUCCCUCCUCUCCCUCCUCUUCCUUCUUCCCGAGGUCGAGUCGUUCGACGACUUCACCCGCUUCCCCACGUCCAAUUUUUUCAAAGGGCGAAGCACAACUUUGCUGCAGUCCUUCACCAAGACAAGACGACGCGAACCUCCUUCUCCGGUACCUGUCUCUGCCGAUAUGUCUACGCUGGAGAAAGAUCUCUUUGGCGACCGGAAGAUCAGGAUCAAGAGAAUGUCGGAAAUUUCUGACAAGUAUGAUGCCUUCAUUCUUGAUCAGUAUGGCGUAAUGCACAACGGAGCCAUACCGCUUCCAGGAGCCCUGGAAUGCUUUGAAUCUCUGAAGAAGGCGGGAAAGAGAAUUGCCAUAUUGUCAAAUACAAGCCGAAGGUCCAAAGACGCUCUGAAGAAGUUGCGAGCAUUGGGGUUUCAGCUUGAUAGCGAGGAGUCAGUCAUCACAAGCGGCGAAGAAUGUUGGAAGCACAUGAACGAGAGGAUGAAUGGCAAGUCCUGUGUGUACUUGACAUGGAAACGAGAAGUUGAGGAUGAUGAUAAAUUUCUCGACGGGCUGAACAUUUCAACGAGUGAUGUUUCAACCGCCGAUUUCAUCUUAUGCCACGGAAGUGAGAUCAUUGUGGAGAAUUCUUCAUCAUCCCCUGUAGAGACAGGAUUCAUCGAGCACGGAAACGUCCUCCUUGCUUAUCAGAAGGUCUUAGCAGUAGCACUCAACCGUGGAUUGGAAAUGUUGGUUGCAAACGCUGAUUACAGGCAUGCUAAUAAUUCUUCCAACCAGACAAGUUUGAUCGGGCAGCAGUACCAGCUCAUGGGGGGAAAGGUGAAAUGGUUUGGUAAACCUCACUCUGAGCAUUUCCAAGCAUGCUUGAAAACUUUCGGCGAGGACAUCAAGUACACUCGGGUGGUGCACGUCGGGGACUCUCUUGACCACGACAUCCAAGGAGCAGCAGAUGCAAACCUUGACUCCGUCUUCAUCCUGGGAGGAGUGCAUGCUCAAGAGGUCGGCUUGACGACCGGUAAGGAUGGCUUGACCACGGGGGAACAGGAUGAGGAGAAGAUCAACAAGCUCCUUGCUGAUGAAGGAUGCCACCCCAAGUGGAUUCUGGAGAAAUUCGUUUGUACGGGCCCGGCUUCCGACUCGCCGGGACUCGGGAGCCCGGAGUCCGAGGCCGGACGGUCCGGAGGCGGUCAUCCGAUCGGAUCCGAGUCGGAGUAUCCGAUCGGGAUGCGCUUGCAUGAUGCGGGGGUAGUCUCAUACAACAUUGACAACUUUCGUUGGGUAGCAUGGCCGACAAGGGAUUUGAAUGGCAAGUUCAACUCAAGGCAAGCCGGAAUAGGAGUGAUUCUGGGCCUGAACGCAAACAACUCCCUCUUCAUUCAUACGGUCUGCCCAAAGGGCAGCUCCGACGGAUAUCUGAGGAAAGGAGACAUCUUGAUUGCCAUAGGUUGUGAUGUGCCUGCGAAGAGGAUCUGUGUGAAAGAUGCUGCAGAGAAUGAAGAUGUGUCAAGCAAGUCUGCUUCGAGUGUUGCGAAUCUUCUACUCGGCCCCGAGGGUAGCCAAAUUGACAUCACAGUCAUGAGAGGCAGCGAUGGUUCUGUACAUGAUCAAGAAUUCCUUUCCUUCUGCCUCACAAGGAAGAAAACCGACGCCGCUACUGCGAGGCAUGCGAUACGCAAAGCUGUCAAUGAAAGAAACCUUGCCUACAAAUCAUAAUCUAGUUCUUAAUUUAGAUGUGAAUGGUUUCAUC